AUGGCGGCGACGGAGCAGCCUCUGAAGAAGAGAAAGCUGUACGAACCACUACCAGAAUCGGCGGGACCACCGAAAGCAGAAAUACCUCUGCCGGCGCCUCCACUGCCGGCGCAAAGUCCCCCUCAGAGUUUCGAACCUCCGCCGCUAUCUCAGGAUGAGAUUCUCCGAAGGCGACGGAACAGAGAGGAGAUUCGAAGCUUGUACGACUGUUACAAACGAGUUAAGUUUUGCAUAUCGAAGAAAGACUCUCGUUUCAUGCCCGACCUUGAACAAGCCUACCUCUCUCUCAUCACUGCUUCUAGAGGUUGUACAAGUGUACAACGUAUAGUAGCGGAUCUCAUCCCUCAAUAUGCUUCAUAUUGUCCAACUGCUCUUGAAGCUGCAGCAAAGGUCAUUAUCAAUAUGCAUAACUGGAGCUUAGCCGUGAUAAGUAGGGGAGAGGACAUUGAUGGUGUUGCAUUUGAGACUGCUAAAGCCUGCAUUUUUGGUUUGGCUGAUAUAUGUCACACUGCUUCUUCAGAGGCACCAACAUCAUCAGUUAUUCGGGGCAUCUGUUCUGCAGUUUUUUUGAAUGUACUUACCUUCUUCAUAUCUUCUUUAGAGGGAAAGGACAUCUUUCAAAUUGUUGAUAAGGGAAUUCUAAAGUUGCAAAAUUCCCCCGAAUUCUUUUUUGAGUUCAGGCAAAAGUUUUCAGAUGAAGAGGCCUCCACAUUGACUAAAUUAUCCAAGUUUCGUGCUCUUAGUCUUCUCAAGAUUUUCUUUUGCUCUCCUAGAAAGUCACUUUCAGCUUGUUUUGAGCUCUUUGCCUCUACUGCUACAGGGGGAGUUCACAACGAAGGUCAUUACUUUCUUAGUCAGGUUACAAGUAGCCUUGAUGAUGAUAUAACUCAGCCUUUAGGUAAUAGAAUUCGCGAAGCUGUAUCAGAUGGCAACGAUGUCCCAGGAAAUGCAUUUCCUGUAUUGAAGAAUUGCUUGUUGGGACUGGUUUUUGGCAAAGACCAGUCAUUGAAAAGUUGGAUAUUCUCAAGGUAUAACAAGUUAUGUAAAUCAGCAUCCUCUCAAGUUGUGUCAGAUGUUACAUCUGUUCUGGAGGGAAUAUUUGAAUCUUUUACAGAACAAGUUAAGACAGAAGUCAGUCAAGUAGAUAGUGAUGAUGAUGAUUCCAAUCCAUCCAAAUAUAUCAACAUACAAUAUUUGGUACCUAGGAUCUCUAGUCAACAUGAAACUACUUCUGAAGUUUCUGGGAGGGAUUGUACUUCAAGAAAUUCUGAUGGAUCUUUUCCUGAUGAUUUGGCUGACAAAUUUCCUGGUUCAUAUUUGAAACAUCGUGGUUCAGCAGUUCCCGUGGAAGUUGAUUUCCGCUCAAAUGCAAGCCCAAACCUUGACAGUGUAGGUUCAAGGUCCAUGGAUUUUGAUUCUGGGGAGCUUGGGGAUGUAUCCCGUGCCAGAUCUUCCACACCCAGAGAGUUAUUGAACAGUCAAAUGCUCUCACCUAUAGCAAGAAAACCAUGGGACAUCAUGAGGAGUAAUUCAUUUGACAGUAGAAACCAUAUAGUUCAGCUGGAAAAGAAUCAAGUUUCAAACACGGAUCUUAGCUUACCUGCCUUCAGAUCCUCCAGUGGAGGUGUAACUUGUGAUUUUGAAUCCCCCAGAAACCAUUUCCCACCUUCACAUCCUUCAAAGAAUCAAGUAAUUUGGUACUCUGAUGGGGACCCAGCGGCUAUGGAUAUAUUUUCUGCUUCUAGAAAGCUAUGGUUGGGUUCUUUGGGCCCUGAUGUGUCUGAAGCUUUUAUAAGGUUUCAAUUUGAGAAGUUUGGUCCUUUAGAUCAAUUCCAAUUUGUCCCAUUUAAAGGAUUUGCCUUGAUAGAGUACAGAAACAUUAUGGACGCGAUAAAGGCCAGAGAAGUCAUGCGGGGACUUUCCCCUUGGGGUGCCUGCCUUCGCAUAAAAUUCUUGGAUAUAGGAUUAGGGACUAGGGGAGCUCUGAAUGGUGCUGCCGUUGGUUCUAGUUGCCAUGUUUAUGUUGGAAAUAUUCCAAACCAAUGGGCCAAGGAUGAGAUUAUGCAUGAAUUGAGGAAAGUAGUUUACAAGGCCCCUCGCAUGGUUACUGACCUUACCAGUGAAGGUGCAUUACUGAUAGAAUUUGAGACUCCUGAAGAAGCUACCAUUGCGAUGGCUCAUCUCAGACAGCGUCGUAAGGAAAAUAAUGACCAUCCUCUGCCUUCCAAUAUCAGUCCGGCCAAUGUCACAAUGAAUAGAGAAAAUGCAAGACCUGGGUCUGCUUCUAUUCUGGUUGACUUAAGAAGCAACAACCAUGGAAACAGUAUUAUUGGAUCACCUCAUGCUCAACCAGUGCUUGAGAACUCAGCUGACAAUCAUAGGACAAGUCACCCUGGGAAGCACCACCUGGCUCCUCUUACAGCAAAAUCUGAGACUAACACUCUGGAGUUUGCAUCACCGAGAAUAAAUCCUGAAAAUCAGGGAACCAUUAUGCAAAGUGGACAUGCACUUCUGUCGAAUUGGACAGCUUUUGGUUGUAAAGGGACGCCUGAAGUUGGAGCAAGAAAUGUUGGUGAUUAUGAUAAUAAUAUGGUCAUGGAUCCUUCGCCAGGAGGUGGUCAUGUCAUUUCUGGGGCUGCUGAACAAACGUGGAUAUACAGGAAAUCUGAGAUCGAGCAGCAUUCUGCACCAGGGAGCAUUCCAUGCAUACCAGCACCAACACAGGGACCUACUAUUACACCCCCACAGCCAAUUCAAGCACCCUCUUUCAUGCGUCCUGUGUAUUUUACUUCUAACAGUUCCUGGGAUCCACGUGGUUUGAAUUGUAAUGUGCCUUUAUAUCCAAUCUCACCACGUGUAAUGCCUAAUAAUCUUCAUGGUACUGCUAUUGUACCUCCUUUUCUACCAGCUUCUGUGACUCCACUUGCACAGAUACAGGGAAGCUUAAGGCCACAAUUUGAUCAAAUGUUUUCUUUGCCCAUUGUACCACCCCCUUUGACGUCGUUACCACCACCUCAGCCUACAUUGCCUCCUUCAUUAGCUCCUCAGCCUAACUUGCCACCCCCGUUGCCUCCAUCCCCACCUCCUCCACCACAGUCCCUGCCACCUUUUGUUCCCCCUCCGCCUAGUUCACCCCCUCCGCCUCCGCCUAUGGAAUCUUCUGUGGAAUCUUCGGAUUUGGAAAGUUCUAAACAUCAUCCCCAUUAUCAGUGGCAGGGCACAUUGAGUAAAAGUGGUGUUCAUUACUGUACAAUUUAUGCAAAGAGAGUGGAUUCUGAGAUCUGCAAAUAUUCAAGUUCCAUUGCUGAGCCUGCGGAAUGGCCUACUAAGUUAGAUAUGACAAAACGCACAGAUUUUCGGCACGUGAGGUCUACAUUUUCUAGUACUCCACCACACAAAAGAGAGGUAUGCUGGCUGUUCCCCUCUUCUGCGGGCGACCUUAAAGGCUUUCAAGAUUUCGUAUCAUAUUUGAAACAGAGGGAAUGUGCGGGGGUGAUAAAAAUCCCAGCUGUGAAAUCCAUGUGGGCAAGACUUCUCUUCAUUCUUCCCUACUCACUCGAUGCAUGUUCUAUGCUCUCCAUUGCUCCUAAUCCUUCAGGUUGCCUUGUUGCUUUGGUUUUGCCUAAAGAAACAAAUUUUGAGUGGGUUUAAUUUAUAAAUAGUAUAUGUGAGAAAUAGAGUGGGGAAAGAGAUUGCAGGUGCCGAUCUGCAACAUAAAUCCUUCAGGAAUCUGCAGAUCAUGACCUUGCGUCUGUGCAGAGGCCUAUGAAGAAAAGAUAUGUAAAAAGUUUGCUGAUUUUAAUCAACUUUGGAACAGCUUAACUCAUGAAUCCGAAAAUUUAGGGUCUGUGAGGAGUCGAUGAUGGCAACCCAGACAUGGGUACAUCCUACAUUGAACUGUCUUGCCUAAAUAUUUUUGACCCAUUUGAGAUGUGCCACAGAAAGUUCAGCGUACAGAAGUACGCAUUGGCAUGAAGUUCUGCUGGAAUUGGUGAAUAUUGAGUUCCCAAUUUUGUUUUUGAUCAUUUUUGGUCGGCCCAGGUCACUUAACAAUAUAUUUAGCCCUUUGUAGUUUGUAUAAGACGGAUGAUCGGAUUUUUCUGUUCUCCCCCUCUUGUUUUUUUUUUUUUU